UUUACCGCAGUAUCGUCGCGCCGCAGUAGAACAGAACAGCCAGUCUCGCAUCGUCUGUGACUGUAGAUUAUCGAUAGACUAUAGCACCUGUCGUCAUCACCGGUGGCUUGAAAAGCCUAGCAUUUAUUCUGAAACACCUCGCGCAUUUUACCGGACUAGACAGACAGAUAACAGUCAUUAUCGGGACAUCUCAUUUUUACCGCGCCAGACAGCCAGAAUCCUCAUUUUUAGUUGACACCGAGUACAAACUGCCGCACGAUACGCAACGGGCACCAUGAACAACAAGGAAGAUGAGCGCGUGGACACCGGAAUCAAGGAGCCAUACUUCUGGAACCCUCGGACACACGAGUUCCUGGGCCGGACCGCAAGCAGCUGGGGUCUGAUCCUGCUGUUCUACCUGGUGUUCUAUAUAUUCCUUGGUGGAAUGUUCGUCCUGACCAUGUACGUGAUGCUGCUAACACUGGACGACUAUAAACCUACCUACCAGGACCGCCUUGUUACCCCAGGUAUGAUGAUCCGUCCACGGGGCGAGGCCAUGGAGAUCCUCUACAACACCAAGGACACAGAGAGCUUUGACAUCUAUGCCCAGACGCUGAACAACUUCCUCGAUUCCUACAACAACUCCCUGCAGGUCCAGAACAACGAUGAGUGCCCCCCUGAUAAUUACUUCAUCCAGGAGGACAGUGGAGAGGUGAGGAACAACCCUAAGCGGUCGUGUCAGUUUAACCGUUCCACUCUAGAGGAGUGUUCUGGGAUCACAGACCGGACCUACGGUUACCAGAAAGGACAACCCUGUGUUCUCAUCAAACUGAACCGGGUGAUCGGGAUGCUUCCAGGGAAGGACGGCCAAUCUCCCUAUGUCACCUGUGGAGCCAAGAGAUAUAAAGUGGGGCAAGAUGAAUGGAAAGAGGACAGCGAUGCGAUCGGAGAAUUGGCCUACUACCCUCCCAACGGAACCUUUAACCUCAUGUACUUCCCCUACUAUGGCAAGAAGGCCCAGCUGAACUACUCCCAGCCCCUGGUAGCAGUGAAGUUCCUCAACAUCUCUCUGAAUACAGAUGUGAAUGUUGAGUGUAAGAUCAACUCCAACACACUGAAGACCGGUGGAGAGAGAGACAAGUUCGCUGGACGCGUCUCUUUCAAACUCAGAAUCACCUCACCUAAGAACUAGACCACUAAACACUACACACACGCACACGUUACUGCCACAUGAAGGACCAUAUCAGACCCCUGGAAAUGGAGACCAGGAGGAGAGGGAAGGAUGAGAG